AUGAGUACCGCUGCCGAUCUCAAGCCCGGUGCCGCUUUACCGCCUCGCAAACGUGCUCGCACACAAGAGGAGAAGGAGCAGCGCCGAGUUGAGCGAAUCCUGCGUAACCGCAGAGCGGCUCACGCAUCGCGCGAGAAGAAGCGGAAACACGUCGAGUUUCUGGAGGAGCACGUGAACCGUUUGGAAGACUCCAUUUCGGUGUACCGUUCCAACGAGGAUCGUCUCAAGGAGAUCCAGACGGAGUUGAUCUCCCGUCUUUCCAAACUUGGGGGAGACGUUUCGGAUCUGGACCUCACGCUGACACCUGUAAUUGUGGUGGAUCGUGUUGGCAGACUUGAGAUGGAUGAAGAUGAUGAGUCUGAUCUAGACGACGAUACUAGACCCGCAAAAGAAGUCAAAUCGGCAAAACUUCAACCAAAAGAGCCCCAGUUCACAGUGCCUAUCAAGAGGAAGCCCGAGGACUACUAUCUCUCGCCUCCACUGUCAAAUCUGGACUCUACAUCGCCUUCUAACUUUGUGUUGAAGCUAGAAGGUGAAGACGAUAUCACGUCGAACUACUACAAGAGCCCACUCCCACUCUUCGAUGAGGAGGACUUGAUUGUCCCUUCGAACUUGGAGCUAAAACACUCGAGCCAUCCCGAGAUGGCCGAGAACGAAGAUUCGGAAGAACAACUGUUGUCAGGUUUAACGAAGACGGAUUCCAAUCGGUUGCAUCAUCCAGCAGUGAUGAUCGUACACAAGGAAAUUUACGGCAAUGGUCGUUUUCACAGAGGGAUUGAGACAGCGGACCUGGUACAAGUUUGGCGACACGAAGAAACUCUAACACCGUUCAGAGAGCAAGGCUAA